AUGUAUACUCUUACUCUUGUUAUUUUGUCUCUCUAUUACUUCAAAUAUAAUCGGCAAAUUCCAAAUGGUGACAACGAUAGACUUAAGAGCAAAUUUCAACUACAACAACGCCCACAAGCAAAUGGUCUUAAACCAAAACGACAACACAUUUGUAAAAAUCAAGAUGAAGUGGAGAAAUUGACACAAGCUGAUUUUCAUUCUAUUUCCUAUACAUUAUCACGAAAUCAAAUUGUUGUUGUUCAAUAUGCACAUGAUGAAGAUUCUGAUAUGUUUCAAAUUGGUCGAUCAGCAGAAAGUCAAAUUGAUUUUAUUGUUAUGGAUACAAUUGUUGGAGGAAAAACAAUUGAUGAUUUGAGUGUUUCACAAUCGACUAUAUCACGUUAUGCAUGUCGUAUUGUCGUAUUACGUCAUCCACCAUAUACAGCUCGUAUCUUUGCGGCUGGUUUUGAUAAUUCAAAAAAUAUUUUUCUCGGAGAAAAAUCAAUAAAAUGGAAAAAUAGUCAUAACGAAAUGGAUGGUGUAACGACAAAUGGCGUUCUAGUAAUGCAUAUUGAUAAUGAUCAAUUGAAUAUGAAUUCUAAAUCAACGAAAUGGAAAGAAGUAUCUGUUUGUGGAAGCGUAUUUGACUUAGGUGAUGGACGAUUUAAAUAUAAUUAUCAAACAGCAUUGCCUUCUAACACAGAUAAUAUUCUCAAAGAUGGCACUCUGAUUGAUCUAUGUGGAGCAACUCUACUAUGGCGUUCAGUCGAGGGCCUUAAACACACACCUACUCGUCGUUUUCUUGAGUUUGGAUUAGAAGAGCUUAAUUCAAAAAAACCUCAAUGUCCUGUUAGUUUAAAUACAUUAGUGGUAAAAACUGAAUCAUAUUCAUUGGUGUCAUCGAAGUUUUCAAAUCCAUAUGUUUAUGUUCUAUGUGGACAUGUUCAAGGUAAUCAUCAAUGGGGAAUGAAAACCGAUGAUAAUAAUCUACUACGCGAAUGUCCACUUUGUCGAACAGUCGGUUCAUUAAUACCAAUCGUACCUGGCCUAGAAUCAUCAUUUUAUGUUAUACCAAAUAGUGAUAAUGAAUCUACAACAUCACACGCUUUUCAUCCAUGUGGACAUAUGACUUCACAAUCAACGGCUUUAUAUUGGUCAAAAAUUAAAGUACCAUAUGGAGCAAAAGGUUUGAAAGCAGUAUGUCCAUUUUGUUCGCUAGCUUUAUCAGAAGUAAAACCAACUUCAUCUUAUCAUAAAAAUGGAUUCGUCGAGAUGAUUUAUGAACUACCGAGUAAUCCUUUAGUUGUAUAA